AUGGACAUAGAACAUGCCAGGCAUAGGCCUUCGGCCGCGGUAUCGUCAGUCGUAAAGGGUGACUUACCGACAGCCGAUCAUCCAAUGUCGGCCGACGAAGAGGCAUUGUAUGCGCUUGGUUAUAAGCAAGAAUUCAAGCGUGAAUUCAGCUUAUGGACAACAUUCUGCGUUUCCUUCGCGGUUUUGGGUCUUUUGCCGUCCUUUGCAAGUACACUAUACUAUGGUAUGGGAUAUGCAGGAACCGCGGGUAUGGUGUGGGGAUGGAUCAUCGCUAUGCUUUUUAUACAGUGCGUCGCAAUGUCUAUGGCAGAGCUUUGUAGUUCUAUGCCCACAUCUGGUGGUCUUUACUACGCUGCCGCUGUCCUAGCACCCGAAGGAUACGGUCCAUUCGCCGCAUGGAUCACUGGCUGGAGUAACUGGAUUGUGCAAGUCACUGCCGCCCCAUCGGUCGACUACGCCAUGGCAGCUAUGAUUCUCGCACUCGGAUCGAUGUCCGAUCCGGAAUACAUUCCUACACAGUAUCAAACUUUCCUCCUUUCAGUGCUAAUCAUGAUUCUCCACGGCAUUAUUUCAUCCAUGCCUACCCUCUGGAUUGCGCGUUUCAACUCUGUUGGCACUGUCAUCAACAUUAUCGCCUUGGUGGCCGUCAUCAUUAUCAUCCCAGCCGGUACAACUCGCAGGAAUCCAAGAUUCAACCCAAGCAGCAGUGUCUGGGGUGACAUCUCGAACAUGACAGACUAUCCUAGUGGCGUCGCCGUGCUUAUGUCCUUCAUUAGUGUCAUCUGGACCAUGUCUGGUUAUGACUCCCCAUUCCAUUUAGCUGAAGAAUGCUCAAACGCCAAUAUCGCCUCUCCACGUGCCAUCGUCCUUACCUCUGGUAUCGGUGGCGUGAUGGGUUGGUUCCUUCAACUUGUAGUUGCCUACACUGUUAUCGAUAUCGAAGCCAUUCUUGACUCCGACCUUGGUCAACCUUUCGCUGCUUACUGUCUCCAGGUUCUUCCUUAUAAGACAUCCGUUGCUGUCACCGCUUUGACUAUCAUCUGUGCUUUCUCCAUGGGUCAAGGCUGUAUGGUUGCUGCAUCUCGUGUCACCUACGCAUACGCUCGUGAUGACUGUUUCCCAUUAUCCAAGUACUGGAAGAAAGUUCACCCCCUCACCAAGACACCCGUUAACGCCGUCUGGUUUAACUGUGUGAUCGGUAUUUUGUUGCUUCUCCUCAUUUUCGCCGGCGACAUUGCCAUCGGUGCUAUCUUCUCUGUCGGUGCUAUCGCUGCUUUUGUCGCCUUUACCAUUCCAAUUUUCAUUCGUGUCUUCUUUGUUGGCGAUAGGUUCAGACGAGGACCAUGGCAUCUUGGAAAGUGGAGCAGACCAAUUGGAUGGGCUGCUUGUGGAUUUGUUGCACUUAUGGUGCCAAUUCUUUGCUUGCCGCAGCGCACUGGAGAAAACUUGAAUGCUGAGGAUAUGAACUGGACUUGUCUUGUAUAUGGCGGUCCUAUGCUCAUUGUCACCAUUUGGUGGUUCGUCGAUGCCAAGAACUGGUUCAACGGUCCCAAGAUCAACAUUGAGCACAAGAUGCUUGGUUCUAAAGGGAAUGUCGUUGAAGGCGUUAAUAUUGGCCCCGACCACCAUACUUCCGAAGACGACAUUCUUGGGAAAGAUAAAUAA